AUUUUUUUCCCACCUACCUCCGCCUCCGCGCCUCCGCGCCUCCGACUCUAAUCAGGCAUUUCCGUACUCGCUACUGCUCGAUGGCUCCCCCGACCGAGCCCUUAAAUCUCGAUGUCGAGGCCAUCUCCGGGAUUUGUGGGUCCAUCUCCAUAGCUUGUUGGGUUGUCGUCUUUUCUCCCCAGAUCCUCGAGAAUUUUCGACGCGGCAAUGCCGACGGGCUUUCUCUCCAAUUCAUCAUCGUAUGGUUGGUGGGAGAUGUCUUCAACAUCCUCGGUGCCGUCAUGCAGGGCGUGCUUCCGACUAUGGUACGCAUCUGUCCUCGUUGUCUCUUUCGCUGCGCUCAUACCUCGAAUCCGUACUCGUCGUUUUCUUUCCAGUCCCUCGCUAACACGGGCUCGGCUUCAAUGCAGACCAUCCUGGCCAUCUACUAUACCAUCGCCGACAUCGUACUUCUCCUGCAAUGCUUCUACUACCGCGGCUUCACCUGGAAGGACGAGGUCGUCCGGCCCGCCCCCAAGCCUCGAUCCAAACGCGUCCAACCGAACGAGCGUACGACCCUUCUCGACCGCCCCGUGCUCCGCGAGCGCCGCGGCUCCAACUGGUCCCACCUCUCCCCCGCCGUGCCCCUGCUCGACGAGCCACCUGCCACGCCGCCGCCGCCGCCGACCACCGCGCAGACCCUCUUCUGGAACACAACCGCCAUCCUCAUGGUCUGCGCCGCCGGCGUCUUGGGCUGGUUCCUCAGCCGCUGCUACGGCCCCAGUGAGGGGGGCAAGCACGAGAAGGACGGCGAGCUUACGUUCGACCGCUUGGGCCAGAUCUUCGGCUGGCUGUGCGCCGUGCUAUACCUGGGCUCGCGCCUGCCUCAGCUGCUCCUCAAUUACCGCCGCAAGUCCACCGAGGGCGUCAGCAUGCUCUUCUUCCUCUUCGCCUGCCUCGGCAACAUGACCUACGUCAUGUCCAUCUUCGCCUACGAUCCCCAUUGCGAAAACCACGUCUGUGCUCCGGGCCGCAGCUACGGACGGUACAUCUUGGUCAACCUGUCGUGGCUGGCCGGCAGUAUGGGAACCCUGCUGCUCGACAUGGGCAUCUUUGUGCAGUAUUUCCUGUACAAGAAGGACGACGAGGACGAGGACGAGGACGAGAACGAGGAGAAUGUCGAAAACGGCGACGAGUACGAGGAAGAGGAGAAUGACACUGGGAGCAUCGAGCACCACCGGUGGGACCAAAGGCCACUGUUGGCGAGGGGAGAUUCGCACUACGGAUGAGCUUCGACUUGACAUUCUCGCAAAAGGUGGCAGCUGAUAUAAGCAUUAGCCGAGUGUUCGUUUCUUCGUUUCCCGUAUCUUUGUCUUUUUAUGGUUUUCUUUACGCUUCAUCGUUUCUUUCACAU